UCCCGCGCAGCAACCAUUGCCUCACGUGUGGUGCAACAGCGUGCAACGUGCAAGAGGCAAGAGUCAAGCAGAGGAAAAAAUUAUGUAAAUUAAUUAAAUUAAUUAAUUUUUAUAUCUGCCAUAUGGCACAUGUUAACUUAAAAAAAUAAGAUUAAAGAAAAAAAUAAUAGACUAAGAUUAAAGAAAAUAGUAUCAAAUAAAGCAAUGGACGUAAAUAAAUGUGAAAAUGAAAUAAUGAAUAAUCCCUGUAAUAAUGUGUCAAACCAAUUAAAAUCACAUGAGAUCGCAUCUGUGAAGACGGAAAAUGUACAUAAUAGUUCUAACAAAGCAGAUGACCUUCAACAUUCUUAUAAUACAAAUUGUAAAGAUGAGAAUAUAAAUAGUCCUCGAAAUAGUGAGAAUACAUUUGCUUCAUUGGAAGAUAUAUUUGAGAGUUCAAUGUUUAAAGAAGAGAAGAAGUUCUUACAAUGUGCCACUACAACUGAAAUGAAUGAGACUGAUGAUAGCCUAGUAAGUAUAAAUAAAGAUCCAGCCAUAGAUCCCCUUUUAAUUAGCGAUUGUGAAGAACGAAACAUAGAUGCAACAUUUAUGGAUUCAGAAUCAACACAAUCUUCAAUAAAACCAGAAAAGACAAUAUGUGUUGGUAACCAACAAAUUAGUAAUGUUAAUAAACCUGUUAAACUGAAACAUAAGUUGAAUAGAAAAGAAAAACAUCUUUUAGAAGAAUUGGAAAAUAUAAAAGAUUGGGAAGAAUUGCCAUCUUCUCUUAUAAAGAAAUUGUGUGCGCUAAGCAUAAAACUAAUACAUAAAGUGCCUCCACAACAUAAAAUAGAGCUUACCGGAUCUCAUGCACCAACAAGGCGACAGAAAAAAGUAUUUGAGAAAUAUGGACCAAUUCGAAAAGGAUUAUAUUCACCUAUGGAAGAUAAAAUUAUUAAAAAAAAUUGGGAAACAUUUUGCCAGCUUCAUGAUUGGGACAUGACCAUGGUUAAACCAUUUUUUAAUUGGAGGCAUAAUGGAAAAUAUUAUAUAGGCAAUGUGAAAGAAAGACAGAAAUUUGUACAAUUUUUGGCAAAUGGAUUACCUUGGCGGACUUUAUAUAGUGUUUAUUCCAGAUUUAAAGUAUUAUAUCGUAAAAAAAUCACUUAUGCUCGAUAUACUUCAAAAGAAGAUAAAAAAAUUUUAAUGUAUAUAAAGAAUAAACAUCUUGAAAAGCGUAACACUAAAUAUAUUGAAUUGGCAAUGUUAUUAAAACGAACAAGACGAUCAAUUUUUAAACGAUAUCAAUAUCUCAAAAAGAUUGAGGAUAAUAAACAAAUAGAAACAUUAUCAUACAUUAAAUGGACAUUACCAUCAAUCAAAAAAUUUAUAAAAACUUUACUUAAUCUAACAUUAAGUGAGGAUAUAAAAGAAUUAAAAAAUGCUAUAAUUCCAAAGCCAGUAUGGCAGAAAAUGGAAGAAAAAUUAAAAAUACAUGAAAACAUUUUAAGAACAUUUUGGCAAAAUCAAUUGCAUUUGCAAUUAUUUAGUCCAGGUCCUAUUUAUUUAAAUGAUAUUAAGAUAAAGCUAAUUGAGUAUAUGUAUGAAAAAGGAAUAGCAAAUACUCGUGAAAUUAUAUGGCCCAAUGUUGCACAAUAUUUUGAUGGAGCAACUGCAGUAUUUCUUUGUAAAGUCUUUUUUUAUCUAGUUCAAGAGUGUAAUAUAAAUAAUAUGGAAAAUUUUGCUGAUAUUGUAGAACACCUAUAUCAUACUAAAAUUCCCGAAAUUAAAGAGGCGUCAAUGGAUAAGUGCUUACCUAGAAUUGUUUACAAAAAUAAAAAGAUUUAUUUACUAAAUGAAGAAGACGAUAAUAAUGCAAUUAAAACUGAUACUGAAAAUUAAGAAGUUGAUUGUAAUAUUAAUAAAUAUUCUACAGUGUAUUAUUUUAUACUCCUUAAAUAUUAUACAUAAAAAAUACAAAGCUAUUAUAUUAUUUUAAA